AACAGUGCGCGGGGGUGUAGUUUCCAUGAUAGUUGAGGAUUUGAAUCUUUAAACUUAUGUAGGUUUAGCGCAGCUUAGUUGUGUUAUUAUGGACAACAAUUCUGCUUUGUAUCUGCGUUGAAUGAAAGUGUUGUUACAAAGGUCUCCUGCGUGAACUGCCAAUAUGAAGUGUUUGAAAGUGGAGGAAUACAUCAAGCGGACUGCUUCUGUGAAAGACACGGAGCUAUUACUUCAAGAACUACAGAAUUAUGUCAAGAGUCCAUCAGGCCUUCAGGGUCGCACACUGUGUGACAGGAUCAUCAGAGCCUGUAACCAUCAACUUGGAGUUGGUUCUCCUAAUAUUGACCAUGUCAGUCAGUUGGUCCAGCUGGUGGAGCUUUCCCUUCAGGGCUAUGAUAUAUCUGCAGCCCUUGUUGCUCAAAGCUGUCCACUGUACAUGGAAAAGAUAAUUUUCCAUAUUGUCAAGAAGCUAAGCUCCCUUGAAGCUCACAGUCUAUGUAGCCAUGUAGCUGGGUUGCUUUACAUCAGGCUUAUCCCAGCCCAACAGGCUGAGGACUACUGCGUUCUUGUGCGGAGCUGCUUCUCAGUGCUCUGGAACGGACUAUCUGCUACCAAAGACAUCAAAAUCCUGAGUCCCAGCGACAAACUCCACUGCCAGUUGCAAGCUCUGAGCUUCCUCCUGUUGUUGGACACAGACAGUGCAACCCCAUCUUUCUCCAAAGCCCCAAUAUACACAGAGGAUGCCAUCGCUGAAUUUGAAAGUAGCUGUGGAGCAGUAACCGAGGGCGAUGCAUCUUUUCUUCUUCAGGAAAUGCACACACUUUUCAACAGAUGUUGGACUGGCAGUCGAGGCUGUGAGGGGGGCAGGUCCGAGUUGUCUACUGAGACAUCAACUUUAUAUUCGCUUUCCGAAAUGUUGCUAAUUAUAGUGAAGGUGCUUUGUAAGGUCGGCCACUAUGAUCUGGCCUCUACCUUCCUGAAUGACAUUGAAAGCAAGGUGAAAGACUGUGCUGACUGUCCGUGUACGGCUGUGGUGCUCGGCAAAUGGGCAGUAAAGAUUCAUUCUACAAUGAAGGCUGGCGGGGAGAGUGGCCAGGCUCUGACAGAGUGUGCCAGGGCCCUGAGGUCUCUUUCAGCUGACCUGGGGGACAGAGAAGCUCAUGCAGUCCUGGAAGGUUGUGGGCUUGUGUUGUGGGCUGUCGAAAGUGCCAACAGCAAGGGUUUAAGCGGACCUGUGCUCCUGGCUUGGUUUUCUUUUCUUGAGGAGCCAGAACGGAUAGUAAAGAUGUUAAAGAAGAAUUCAACUUGCCAGGCUGAACGCAGCAAACUGCAACAGGCACUUUGCUUCAAUAUUUACCAAGGCUUCGGAUUUGCUUAUGAGAGCAUGGUCGCGUUACAGCUGGAGAACAGUGACACACUGGACAGAGUGCUGCUGUACUGCCAAGCCACAUCUGGACAGAUGAUGACUGAACUGCGUAAACUGACAAGUGAAAACCUUCUCCUUAAAUCAGUGAUUGCUGUGAGCAACUUAGCUUGUGGAUUUUACAACCGGCGUCUCUAUGACCAGGCCUUCACACUGGUUGAGAUCAUCUGCAGGGAUCUUAGCAAGAAUUGCCCGGUCUCGCUCUGUGUCGACAGGUUGAGCCGACCCUUCAUGCUGGCUGUGCAGACGUCUCGGCGGGCUGGACAUCUGGAGCGAGCGCUGGACUGGGUGAUCCUGUGGCUGAAGGCUCUGGGGGACAACAUCACUACUCAUAUGGCUGAACCGGUCGCUCUGUGGGUGAAGACGAAGACUGACGCUGCCCGUAACUCUGAGGAGGACAUCCGUCUCAGGACAUUACAUGAUGGGUUUGGACCUGACGUCCCAGAUGAGCGAGUAAUGCUUUGCCUUUUGGAGGAAGAGUUGCGUGCCUAUAAGGAGGUGGCAGGAGACAUGUCCCAGGAGCGUUACAACACACUCUGUGAUCUGUUGGACAUCUGCCACGAGGACAGCUCCCACACCCAUCUCCGUGCUGUCUACCUCUGUGAAAUGGCUCAAGUUGUGUGUUUCCAGGAUUUCAGUGAACAGACUGACUGCACGGCAGUUGAUUUUACACAUGAAGCUUUACGGCUACUUGAAGAAGAAGCAGAGACUCCAGAGAAUGCUGACAGACUGAAGGAUGACAAGGCCCACGCUUUACUUUGGCUCUAUAUCUGCACUCUUGAGAAGAACCUUCAGGAGGGCAUUGAAAGGGACAAAAAGCAAAAAGAGUUGCGUGAGCAGACGCCGUGUGCAGCUGAUCCCAUAGGAACCAAUGAUUUUGAUUACGAAGACAAGCAGAAAACACAAGACAGCACUCUGGUCUAUGAAGGCCUGCAUUUCAACCUGGCUGCCGAGAACAAGUUGUGCAAACCUUUGGAAAGAGCACUGGAUGAGUGGUCCGCUCUUCUGCAGAGUCAAGUCCUGCCUUCUGUCAGAAACCCCAAACAGACCUGUGGCUCCAUCGCUGUGACAGCGGCUCUCUUUAGACUCAUGGGAAAGCCUCUAAAGGCUUUGGAAGCUUACCAACUUGCGAUUGGACUUUCACGUCAACUUGCUGAUGCCCAUGGAUGUGCCAGCUCCCUCUGUCAAUCAGCAAACAUCCUUCUGGAAAUGGGCACCCCUGAACUGGCAUUGGCCCAGCUAGAACAAGCAGAAAAGUUUCUUACUUCUGUUUCCUCUGCUGAUGGACCUUCUUCUCUCUCUAUGCUGGUCAUUCUGCUGAGAGCUCAGUACUGCUACAGCACAGGACAGGUGGAUCGUGGAGUACCGUAUCUGUGUGAGGUGCUUAAAGAAGUGAACAGGCAAAGGCAGUCAAAGAGCUGGUACCUGCUGCGGGCUCGGACGCUCCAGACCUGCAGCUCCUAUCUGAGUUUGGACACCGCCGCACUGCCACAAGCCCAGCGAAGCAACAUCACACAGCACGGUAUAAAAAGCCUGGACACUGCCCUGUAUGAAAGUCUGAAGCUUCUCUGCAGCCUGCUGGUCACUUUGGUGGGGAAGGGUCUAUAUGGGACGAACGGCAGCAGCUCAGACACGUGCUUCAUUGACCAAGGAGAUAACCUGGUGCUGAAGUGGCAGCUGCUCUCAGAGCUGUUAAACUGCUCUAUGAAGAUGGUGGCUGUGAGGAGCAGCUGUGGGGCCAUCAAUGAUGCCAGGCUCCAAUGUCUAGAGGCUCUCAAGCUGGCCAUCAAGCUGCAAGCACUCAGUCGAUGUGCUGAGCUGCUGGUGAUGAAGGCUGAGUUGGAGCUGAUGCAGGGGGAGAAAGAGGAAAGUGGAAUUGAUUUAGACAAAGUCCGAAACCUUCUGGAGCUGUGUACAGAUUUUUCUGAUCAGGUGCAGAAGACGGAAGUGAAAAUCAAACCUAGGAAAGGUCGCCCAGCGCAGAAAUCUCAGUUGCCCCUUCCUGCCCUCGAGGAUGAUCUUCAGGGCAUCCUGAGCACUAGGUGGAUUGGCAAAGAACCUGUAGUGAGAGAUCUGACCAGCUCCCCACCUCUCAAAGUCCAGCCUCGCCGCUGGCUCUCCUCCCUGGCGCAUGAGUCUGGCUGCCUCUGCCCCUGCUGCUCUGAACCCUGUCUGGGCCGUGCCACUGCUCGCUGGGCAGCCACACAGGCUGAUCUGAUACUACAGCUGGAUCCCAAUGACGGCAAAGUCAGUUUUAAACUUCAAUCGGCGACAUUAGCUCGCUGUAAGAGCGUUGCUGCCAAACUUGGGGCAAAACUGGCUAAACUCUUCCCUCCCUGUCAACCUGCCAAAAGCUCCUCUAAACCCUCCCUGAUGCAGGACGUAGUGGGCCGUGUUUACCUUCGCAUGGCCCUGUCUGCGCUGGAACCAAGGCAUAACAAGGUCUGUGGUAUAUGGAAAGUACUAGAAGCUGGCUUGGCGUUUAUUGAUUCCACACCCUCUCCUGUGCUAAGACCUGUGAGAGCAGGCCUAAUGGCAACCAAAGCCAUUGCGUCAUUGGUUACCUUGGCUGUGAAAAGUGACUGCACCCCAGAGGAGCUCUUCUCAAAUGUUUGGACUUGGAAUGCACCAAAAGAGGAUAAAGAGCUGAAAUCGGAACAGAAAGCGGUGUCUCCCUCGUUCUCACUUAAGAAGCCGAAAGAGUCCACUAAAAUCCCUCUUGACAAAAUAAAGGAGGACAAGAAGGUCAAGGUUGUUAAUCCCAGGAUUCCAGUGAAAGGCUCCUCGACCAAAGGAAAGCGACUGGUUCCCAUGACACCAGUGAUGGUAAAGCCUCAGCCAUCUGUUAAGGAGCUUGGAUCGUUUGACUUUAACACAGUGGUACCUACUCUGGCCUUUACUCCUAUUCCAAAGGUGAAAGCCCCUGCCUCCGUGCAGAAAGCACAGAGGACUGCCGCUAAGCUACAGUUUCAUGUGUAUGAAGAGUUGUCGCCAGUUCAAGACCAAGCCCAACCCGUGCCUGCUGCCCCCAGACGCACAAAGAAAUCACGCUUCAAGCUGGAGUUUAGCGAUGAGAGCGACACGGAAGCCGAGCCCAAAGAAAAAACGGAUGUCCCUAAAAAGCGAACCACCACAAGAAGAGCUCCCCAGAAAAGUGCGACAGCCCCAGAUCCCCCUGCAGAGAAGGUCCCACCCAAGAUGCAGACCAGGAGUAAGAAGACCACCGCAUUGCCUCGGUUGAGUUCAUCUGAGGAUGACAAGAGUAAGUCUGCUUCAACAAGCAGAGGGAGAACGAGAAGGGAGCUGUCCAAGGCAGAGGCAGAUCCAGUAGAGGAGCCAGACCAGAUGAGGACCAUUGAGGAGGAAACUGCUGAAGUUCUGGAUAUAAGCAUUGAACAGCUCAGGACAUCAGACACUGAGGCUGAAGACAAUCCUGCUUCGAGUAAAGCUAUCGAUUUUGAGGUUUUGCGGAGGGACAGGUGUUGUGCUUUGGAGAGAGACACCGUGUCUAAACUGAGGGGCAGAGGUCAUCCGGGAGAAGGUCCACCAACCCACCUCUCUCAUUCAGACUCCAGGCCAGACAAUCUUUCUCUGGAGGAUGUUGAGUCAUCGCUCCUCUCAGCCUGGUUGGCCCUCCAGCACUUCCCCUCCCCCACCAUCUUCCCGACCCUCUGUUCUCUUCUGGCCUUGACCAGGGGACAGCAGGACCCCGUCACUACAGCAAUGCUGCAUGCCCACUCUUUGGGCAUCACAAGUCGUCAUCACACAAUCAGGCAUUUAGCCAGUUGUCUCAAAAAGCUGAGAAAGGCGUCCAGUGAGCUUGCAGACAAGAUGGAUGCUCUGAGUCUAGGUGAGUCGGUCCCGAACGAAUCCAAGAUCUCUACCGAACAGAGGUUGUCGCAGUUGGAGAACAUCUUCGCCUUCCCAACUGCUGACUCCUCUACUUUCCCCAAGAGCCACUGUCAAGAGUUUAUCCAACAAAUCCAACACCUUCCUCCAGGCGUGACCGUGUGUGUGAUGUCUGUGCUUGGAGUAAAACUUGGGGACGUGGGCAACAACAUCAUACUGUCUCGUCUUGAGAAGGGAUCUGCCCCCGUCACUGUUCACAUCGCCACCUCGAAACAACAGCACCCCAUCAGUUGGCUGGUGCAGGAGAUAGACUGUAUUCAGGUGGAGCAGAAGGCUCUGAACUGUGUGUCUGAGAAAGCCAAAUGGUGGGAGGGCCGCUGGGCGCUUGACUCUCGAGUUGAGCAAAUGUUGAAGGAGAUGGAGGGAUUGCUGGGAUGCUGGAGGAGCUUUCUUCUACCCCUUUCGUCAGACCCUGAGCUCUCCAAACAGGCCCAGCACCUUUGCAAGUCCUUGUCUGCAAAGGGAGUAACAGUCAGUGAGGACAUGUUGAAGGCUGUGCUGUCUGCCUCUCCUGUGCUCUCCAAAGAAGAACUUAAGAGAUUCGCUCUGGGAGUUUCUCCACAGUGGGACACGGAGUGUGACCAGCUUCUCCACACAGCUGUGUCCCGGCUCGCUGUCAGAGACGAGCCUCGUGGUCAUGUGGUUCUCAUCCUGGACAAGUACCUUCAGAAGCUGCCGUGGGAGAGCAUUUCCAUCUUAAGGUCUCGCUCUGUCAGCCGGAUGCCUUCCCUGCACUCCUUAAUUGGACUGAGCAUUCAGAAAGAGACUGACUCUCAAUCCCUCCUGAAGCAAGGUGUGGAUACAAGGCAGGUGUUUUAUGUGCUGAACCCCGAUGCCAAUUUAGAAAACUCUCAAGAGCGAUUCAAGGAAUGGUUUAGCAGUAAACCGGACUGGGACGGUGUGUGUGGAGUUGCUCCUGACUCGGGUCAGCUGGAAGAAGUUGUUGCUACCAAGGAUCUGUACAUCUACGUGGGUCAUGGUGCAGGUGCACGGUUCCUCGACAGCCAGGCAGUCCUGAAACGGCAGAUGAGAGCAGCUUCUCUGCUUUUUGGUUGCAGUAGUGCUGCUUUGGCAGUGCGCGGGGAUCAGGAAGGACAAGGCAUCAUCCUCAACUACCUCAUAGCAGGCUGCCCCUUUGUUUUGGGAAACCUGUGGGAUGUUACAGAUCGGGAUAUUGAUCGCUUCACCAAGUUCUUGUUGGAGUCCUGGUUAUCUGCUGGGUCUGGAGCUCCCCUUCUGGAUUAUAUGGGCCCAUCACGUCAGGCCACACAGCUGAAACACCUCAUAGGAGCUGCACCUGUGGUCUAUGGCUUACCAGUUCACCUGCAGUAGAUGAAACACGAUGUAAACGCAUCUAUACAGUUUCUAAAUGUUAUUGUUUCAGCACGCAAGCUGGAGGAUGUGACUUUAACUUGGAAAUUAAUACUUGCUUUUUGCACAUUUUGGCAUGAUCAAAGUACUGCAUUUUCUUUAUUUAAACCAAUGCUUUUAUUUUUAAACCAAUAUUUCUAUAGUGUGAAUGAUUUUAAUUAUUUAGUUUUUAUUAAGUGUUUGAAUGCACUUUCAAUGUAAUCAAACAUUUGUUGAAUAAAAUGUGUUCUCACAUACA